CCUCUCUUCCCUUACCCUCUCAACAAAAAAGAAAAGAAAAAGAAACAGUCACGCACAGACACCAACAACAGCAACAAUAUCCGAAGCUAGCAGCUCAUCGACACACCCGAGAGCAAGAACAACUGAACAAGAAGGAAGGUUGCCAUGCAGACACCAACCAUGUCAACGCCGAUGGCCACGCCCACGACGACGAGGGCCAUGGCGCCGACGCCGGCGAAGCCCCGGGCGCCACGGCAAUGGUGCUACCUCCUCCUCCCCUCCGCCGGCCAGCGCCGCGUCAGCGUGGCGUCGUCGGCGAAGAAGAAGAACCCGUGGCUGGACCCGUUUGACGACGGCCCCGACGAGGAGUUCGACUACCAGGGCGCGUUCUCCGGCGGGAAGCAGGAGGAGGACCCGCGCCCGCCGGAGGACCCGGCGAACCCGUAUGGGUUCCUCCGGUUCCCGCAGGGCUACAACCCGGAGCUGGACAGCCUCGCCUCCAAGGUCCGCGGCGACGUGCGUCGCGCGUGCUGCGUCGUGUCAGGCGGGGUGUACGAGAACGUGCUCUUCUUCCCCGUCGUGCAGCUGCUCAAGGACCGGUACCCCGGCGUGCUGGUCGACGUAGUGGCGUCGGUGAGGGGGAAGCAGGUCUACGAGAUGUGCAAGAACGUGAGGUACGCCAACGUCUACGACCCCGACGACGACUGGCCGGAGCCCGCCGAGUACACCCACCAGCUCGGCGUGCUCAAGAAUAGGUAUUAUGAUCUGAUCUUAUCGACGAGGCUGGCCGGGAUCGGGCACGCGCUCUUCCUCUUCAUGUCGUCGGCUCGCGACAAGGUCGGCUACGUUUACCCCAACGUCAACAGCGCCGGCGCAGGGCUGUUCCUCACCGCGAUGUUCAAGCCACCGACCACCAACCUCUCGGACGGCGGGUACAACAUGUACAAGGACAUGCUGGAAUGGAUCGGCCGGCCGGCGAAGAACGUGCCCCGGCAGCCGACGCCGCCGCUGCGGGUGUCAAUCUCCAAGAAGCUGCGGGCGAUCGUGGAGGACAAGUACAACCGCGCCGGCGUCGAGAAGGGCAAGUACGUCGUCCUCCAUGGCAUCGCCUCGGACUCCGUCGCCAACAUGACGUCCAGGGGGGACGACGACUGCCUCCUCCCCCUCGAGCACUGGGCCGAGAUAGCCAAGGGGAUCAGCUCUGAUGAUAAGGGGCUGAAGCCAUUGUUCGUGAUCCCCCAUGAGAAGCAUAGAGAGGAGAUUGAGGAGAUCGUGGGGGAGGACACCAACAUCCUGUUCAUCACCACUCCUGGUCAACUCACCUGCCUCAUCAACGACUCCGCCGGCGUCGUCGCGACCAACACCUCCGCCGUCCAGCUCGCCAACGCCCGUGACAAGCCAUGUGUGGCCUUGUUCUCCUCGGAGGAGAAGGCGAGGCUGUUCCUUCCGUACGUGGAGGACAAGAGCAGCUGCACCGAGGUCGCGUCGGCGACGGGGAAGCUGAUCGACAUCGACAUCGAGGCCGUGAAGAAGGCGGUGAAAAACUUCGAGCCUGCUCCCAGCUUCGCACUGGCGCAGAAGUAGCAGCAAACAGGAUCAUCUCGGUUGCUCUGUACAUAGAUUCACAGUGAACAUACCUUGUGGUCACUCAUUUCAACAUGUACUUUAUUUCAUGACCAGUAAGACAUCAGAAGAUCAACAGAAAGGGGAGACCAGCUGGCCAGA